UCAGCGACUUGGGCAGCAGCCGUAUCUCUUGACCUUGGAGGACUUCUUGGCCUGCUGCUGUUGGGAGGACUCGCCGCCCUCCUUGCCAUUGUCGCCUCGCAGAUCAACGGUUUCCCACUCGCGAACGUGCUCGGGUGAGUUGUCCUCUGACAGAGACGUGUAGAAGCCAACAGACGCAGACGCUGCGGCAGGUGGGAGUGGGGGCGAUGGCGGGGGCGGCUGGGGUGAAGGUGGGUGGAGGUGGUCAUGGCCAGAAUGAGCCAACACACGAUUACAACGAAGGUAUGUGUUGCGACGGCCGUGCCGGGUGAGCAGCUGAACACAGGCGGCAGACAAGACGGACGAUUCAUGAUGCCAUAGCGGACGGACACAUUCGGCGCAUCCCAUUCAGACAGGCACCCGUGAGCUCCUACCUGCAGCUGUCGUCGCUGCCCAAACAGAACGUGACUUUGCCCUGAGCCGCACCCUUGGCGGCCGUCAAGGCCAUGCCCGUCGUCAUCCCAUAACCCUGAGACAACUCAUCCUGCAACACACAGAGAGGGAAAAGACGAAAAGGAGAUUAUGGUGAUAACACUCUCUCUCUCUCUCUGUGUGUGUGUGUGUGUGUGCUUACGAUGAGUAUGAAGUGGCACUUCUCGUUGGGCGAAGGGUUCUCGGCGUCGCACUUCGGCCCGGCGUAGCGAGUGGCGAUGAUAGACUGACUCGUCACGGGACCAGGGGCCUUCAGACCCACACCGAUGGGCGUCUGCACCAACCACAUACACAAAGACAUUCACACACACACGGACAAUCCACACAUGCGAUGAGAGCGUGUCUUGGUAGGUGGCGUACCUGAGGGUGGUCGUGCAGGUCUUUGCCGACGUUGGGCAUGUCCUUGACCACAUCGAUGCCGGCCGCCUCGAGCAU